UUUUCUCCAUCUAUUCAACAAAUUAACCAUGGAGAAAAAACAUGAAAAGAUGAUCAACUUUUCAGAGUAAAAUCAAGCCAAUAUAUAGUUCUGCAUUCUAUUUAUCUCAAGUCUCAAAUGAAAGAAAUCAUAUCUAUCGUAUAAUUCCAAGAACAUAUAUAAUUAAUUAAUAAUGAGUUAUUAUAAUCAACCUCCUCCCGUUGGUGUACCUCCCCCUCAAGGAUAUCCACCAAAGGAUGCAUAUGGGUAUCCUCCUCAAGGUUAUCCUCCGCAAGGUUAUCCUCCACAAGGCUAUCCUUCUCCGCAAGGUUACCCUCCACACGGCUACCCUCCUCCUCCAUACGGUGCCCCUCAAUACGCCGCUCCACCACCACCUCAAAAAAAUUCAGCCACCACCGGUGUCAUGACGGGCUGUUUGGCUGCGGUUUGCUGUUGCUGCCUUUUAGAUGCAUGCUUUUAAUGACAAAGUAAGAUUGUUGUGAAGGAAAAUGACAUCCAGUAAUGAUCUACCUUUUUC